CCCGGGACUUCCCGUGCCCCCUUGCGGCUUCUUCGGCCCUCGAGUGGAUAAGGGAGGUGAUAAGCGAGGAGGGUUGAGGUGGUCGGCUAUGGUGGAUGGGUGUAGGUGAUGGAGGCGGAAAAAGGGUUGGGGGUGGUCGGCUAUGGUGGACGGGUGUGGGUGAUGGAAGGAGGAGAAGGGUUGGAGGUGGUCGCCUAUGGUGGAUGGGUGUCGGUGAUGGAUGAGGAACAAGGGUUGGAGGUGGUCGGCUAUGGCGGACGGGUGUGGGUGAUGGAGGAGGAAGACGAGUUGGAGGUGGUCGGCUAUGGUGCACGAGCGUGGGUGUGGGUGAUGGAGGAGGAAGAAGGGUUGGAGUUGGUCAGCUAUGGCGGACGGGUGUGGGUGAUGGAGGAGGAAGAAGGGUUCAAGGUGGUCGGCUAUGGUGGACGGGUGUGGGUGAUGGAGGAGGAAGAAAAGUUGGAGGUGGUCGGCUAUGGUGGACGGGCGUGGGUGAAGGAGGAGGAAGAAGGGUUGGAGGUGGUUGGCUAUGGUGGACGGGUGAUGGAGGAAGAAGAAGAGUUGGAGGUGGUCGGCUAUGGUGGACGGGCGUGGGUGACGGAGGAGGAGGAACAGUUGGGGUGGUCCGGCUAUGGUGGACGGGUGUGGGUGAUGGAGGAAGGACAAGGGUUGGGGAGGUCCGACUAUGGAGGAUGGACGUGGGUGAUGAACGAGGAAGGAGGGUUGAAGGUGGUCGGCUAUGGUGGACGGGUGUGGGUGAUGGAGGAAGGAGAAGGGUUGGAGGAAGGAGAAGGGUUGGGGAGGUCCGACUAUGGAGGAUGGACGUGGGUGAUGGAGGAGGAAGGAGGGUUGAAGGUGGUCGGCUGUGGUGGACUGGUGUGGGUGAUGGAGGAAGAAGAAGGGUUGGAGGUGGUUGGCUAUGGAGGACGGGUGUAGGUGAUGGAGGAAGAAGAAGGGUUGAAGGUGGUCGGCUAUGGUGGACGGGUGUAGGUGAUGGAGGAAGAAGAAGGGUUGGAGGUGGUGAGCUAUGGUGGACGGGUGUGGGUGAUGGAGGAACAAGGAGGGUUGGGGAUGGUUGGCUAUGGUGGACGGGUGUGAGUGAUGGAGGAGGGAGAAUGGUCGGGGUGGUCCGGCUAUGGGGAAUGGACGUGAAAGAAGGUCCGUUGGACGUAUCUUAACUCCUAGCCCCGUACCUCCGUUUUCUACUUCGGGUGUCCGGCUGCCCCAUAACACUUUUGGAAGU